AGGCCUGUAUGGAAAGGCGGAAGAAGAGACGAAAACAACAACAGCGGCAGCAUAUCUCCUGUUCGGCGACAAUAGUUGAAGAGAAAGACAACAGAGCAAUUUAACGAUUACCUGUUCGGUAUCACAAAGUGCCGGCGGUAUCUGAACGGUUAAUCCACCCGUUAUUGUUUACAUUUAAUAACAAAAUGUCGUUGUUUGGUAAGUUAUUCGGCAGCGGGGGUAAGGGUGGGAAAGCGCCGACACCCCAGGAGGCUGUCCAGCGACUCAGAGAGACCGAGGAAAUGUUGGCUAAAAAACAGGAUUUUUUGGAGAAGAAAAUCGACCAGGAGCUCAUGACGGCGAAGAAGAAUGGCACGAAAAACAAACGAGCUGCUCUACAGGCCUUGAAGAGGAAAAAGCGUUAUGAGAAGCAGCUGGCUCAAAUCGACGGGACGUUGUCUACCAUUGAGUUCCAGAGGGAGGCGCUAGAGAAUGCCAACACCAACACAGAAGUCCUCAAGAAUAUGGGGUUCGCUGCCAAGGCAAUGAAGGCUGCACACGAAAACAUGGACAUAGACAAAGUAGACGAUCUGAUGGCGGACAUCACAGAACAACAGGAAGUAGCUCAAGAAAUCUCAGAUGUAAUUUCCAGACCGAUCGGUUUCGGAGAAGAGUUCGAUGAGGAUGAGCUUAUGGCUGAGCUGGAGGAGCUGGAACAGGAAGAGCUUGACCAGAAUCUUCUGGAAAUCGAAGGAACAGAGGACGUUCCUCUACCCAGUGUACCAUCUACAUCACUACCAUCUAGACCAGCCAAGAAGAAGGAGGAAGAAGACGAAGACGACAUGGCGGACCUCGAGGCCUGGGCAGCUAACUAAACUAGCUUGCCCUGCUAGCUAGCCAGUGCCCCUCUCCUGUCUGUCUCUGUGCUACCAGGCUGGUCCCAGACAUCUGGAAGAGAGACAGGGACUCUGGGCUGCUGAGCUGGCUGCUGCCAUGCUGCUCUGUCUUAAAGCCUACGUCCCAAUAUCUAACCAUACCCCAGCCCUAAAGUAUGCACUUGUGCACAUAAUCACUGACUUAAAAUGAAAUGAACCCAGGCUUUUCUUCUCUGAUUAAUGUUACGGUAAGAAUCUCUUUGCUUCAGCUGCACACUCCUCUGUUUCUAAAGGGCAUAGAGCAAAUGUCAUGCCCUAACAGCCUGUGGUUAUGUAUAUCAAAGUUCCCUUUGUGAGGAAAUAGAGCGCUCUUAGGUCAGGAGCGUGCAAGUGCAUACUUCUAGGGCAGGGUGGAGGUACAGUGCGAGGCUUGUUUCCAGGAGGAAUGUGAAGAAUCAACAAAUGUGUCGAUGGGAAAAAGCAAAAACAGAAAGACAACAUUACUCAGCCCUUUUUCUGCUUCCUACGUUGUCAUCUCACUGCUCUACUACAAUGAUGACAACAAUCCAACAACCCAUCGUCUACACCAUCGCUGCAAAAUCUUAACAGCAGCAAAAGAAUGAUGAAAAUGUAGGCCUUUCUCAUUGAAAUAUUGCUGUCAAACUUCAAAAUGAUGACAUAUUACAGCAGUGGAAACAUCUAGAGGUUUCCACUGCGGGCUUCUUGGUCACGCAUUACUUGUGACUCCUCGUCACAGGCAGACAUGAGUGUGAAAAGUUAAAUUUCUCGUUUUGCUUCAUUUGAAAGAUUUUCAGAUGUUUCAAGAGGUAAAAGUAAACAAUAUUUCGCGAAAAAAUAAGACAAAAUUCUGAAAAAAAAAAUAAAAAUAUAAUCUUUUGUUAUCCCCUUAAAUUGUCUUGUGAUCCCUGAAAUAUAUCUUUGGAGCCUUUGGGUAGUUGGGAACCAUUGCUUGAGGGUGCUAAUUAGGUACUUUGUGUAGUAGAUGUGGAUGGAAUAAGCUUUAUUUAAUAGUGGAUGAUUUGUCUUGAGCCUAGAAUUUUUUAGAUCAGUCAGCGCUACAAAAACAAGCUCAAGCUCGGCCUCUGCUGCUUCGACUUGGGCCAUCCUUUAUAUGUUCUCUGAUACCAUGCAAGUACUAUACUAAAUCACUGGAAUACCCAGGUUGGAUGGUGUUGAUUCACCCAAAUUACGAAAGAAAGAAAAAAUCUCACUUACCUUUAGUGGUAUCUAGUCAACCAAUUUGUCCAGGAAUUUCAUUUGUGGCAUUGAAAAGCAGAAUUAAAAAAAAAUCAUCAUUAACUCAUCUCUCUAUAACCAAUGUCUCCAUCACUCUGGAUCAUCCACAGAACACACUGGCAACAGUUUUCAUAGAGACUAAUUUCUACCAAAGAAAUAGUCCCUGUGAAAACUGAACCCCGCAAAUAAAAAUAAAACUAUUUGCGUGGCUAAAUACCACUAGAGGUAAGUCAGUAAACUGGGUUGUAAUUUGGGUGAACCGUUCCUUUAACAAGACAGCAAAUGUUAGUUAGCUAGCUGAAAUUUUCUAAAUACAAAACUCAGAUGGAUUAGUAGAAAGUUGGUCAUUUCUCAGUCAAACACUGCGCUGAUAUCAACCAAAGCUACUCUGUUAUAUUAUGACACUUCAUACAUUGUUAGGAGAAAAUGACCUCCAAUAUGGCUGCCAGAGGGCACAUUACAACACCUUGGAAGUUUCACGUGCCUGACACCUCCAGCGCCUUGUCUGUCUGUGGUUUAACAGUGAUGUACUCUCCUAAAAUCCUACAUUGGUUGAAUUUAAAGAUAAUGUGCAUGAGUGUGUGCGAUGUUUUUUCAGCCUUUUGACACAGUGACCUCUUGUGAAUAUUUAAUCAAAUUGAGGAGAUGGUGAGCUGGAGUUUUUCCAUUUGCUCUUGACUCACUUGUAGUGCAAGAUUGAUUUAAACUAUUGAGAGACGAACAUGAGACAUUGGUUCCAUGUUGGUUGAUAAAACGGCUAUAGCUACACUUUCCUCCUCCUAUCAGCAGACACGUUUAUGCAUGGAUGGAUUGGGGUCGAUCCAGAAUCAAACAAAUGGCUGAGACUGUAAUUUAAACAUGACCUAAAGUCAAGUCAACUUGACCUUAAAUAAAUAGAUUAAAAGAAAUACUGAUUUGAAACCGUAUUUGUGAGCGGGUCGACCCCAGUCCUAAUAUUUAAAGACAAACUAUUGAAAAGAAACUUGCAAAUGUCAAUAUAGUUUGUUUUUCUUUUUUUCCGUUUACCUCAAAUAUCACUCAUAUUCUAGCUGGCUGUACAGAAAGUGUGACAUGUAGCCAGUUCUGCUCAGAGCUGUAUAAAGACGUUGGACAUGGGAGAUUUUCCACGUGGCAGCAAUGUUGCUCUGUGACUGGGGUUGUAUACAGUUUAUCUUAAUAAAGUUGGGAUUUGAUGCAA